AUGAAACUCAUCAUCCUGGACAACCCCUUAGAGGUCUGUGAAUGGGCUGCCAAAUACAUCAGAAACCGAAUCAUCCUGUUUCACCCAGGGCCGGACAGGUAUUUCACCCUAGGGCUUCCCACUGGGUCCACCUGUGUUGAGUUCUACCGUAAGCUGGUUGAGUACUGUAAGAAUGGGGACCUAUCCUUCAAGUACGUGAAGACAUUUAACAUGGACGAGUACGUGGGUAUCCCACGUGAACACCCUGAGAGCUUCCACUCCUUUAUGUGGAACAACUUCUUCAAGCACAUCGACAUUUCCCCUGAAAACACCCAUCUCCUUAAUGGGAAUGCAUUCAAUCUAGAGGCAGAAUGUGAGGCUUAUGAAAAGAAGAUCAAGGCAGCUGGAGGGAUUGAGCUGUUUGUCGGAGGUGUUGGCUUGCAAGGGCACAUUGCCUUCAAUGAGCCUGGCUCAAGUCUGCAGUCUAGGACUCGAGUGAAGACUCUGGCCAUGGAUACCAUCCGAGCCAAUGCCAAGUACUUUAACGGAGACCUCUCCAAAGUUCCCCAACUAGUUCUGACUGUGGGUGUGGCCACAAUCAUGGAUGCCAGAGAGGUCAUGAUCCUAAUCACGGGGGCCCAGAAGGCACUUGCACUGUACAUGGUUGUCGAGGAGGGGGUAAAUCACAUGUGGACCGCGUCUGCUCUCCAGAAGCACCCCCGUACAACAUUUGUGUGUGAUGACGAUGCCACAAUGGAGCUUAGAGUGAAAACUGUCAAAUAUUUCAAAGGGCUGUUGGAAUCUCAUAACAAGCUGGUGGAACCACUGCACAGUAUCAAAGAAAAGGAAGAAAAGGAGAGGGAUUUAGAAGAGGUACACGUGGUAGCGUGUGGAAAAGCAGACCUGGGAAAAGUUGGCACUUUGGAUCUGAACAGGAUUCAUGACAAAUAG